UUCUGGGACGUGGAAGUAAACCAUUGCACUUGGGCUAACCACAUUAAAAAUGCCUCGUGUUCUUCAUUUACUGCACCUUCUUCUUUGCUUUCUGCAGUUUCUUGGAGAGAAGUGUUGUCUUCUCAAUUCGUAUUCUCAUCAUACUGAUUGGGCUUUUGCCCUAUCUCAAAGACAACCUCCUCUUUUGUUUUGGUCUCUUGAUAUUUUCUCAAUUGGGGCCCAUUCUCCUUUUCGGCCCAUUUUCUUUGUUCGGUUCCUAAAGACUCGAUCAGAAGCAUCUGAAAAGUUCUCUUCUGUUCGAUCUCUUCUUCCUUCUUCCUCUUCUCUGCUUGACCUAAUUCGCUCGUCCAGAACCCUUUUAAAGAGCCUCCAUAGUGGGUUGGAGGUAAAUAUCGUCCAUAGAUUUUUAACCAAACACUAAACUUUUUUUUAAUGUACUUUUCUAAAAAUUUAAACGAGAAGCUGCUUCUGCAAAUCUAGCCCAUUAUGCGAUGUUACUAGAAAAUGUGGUCUCCCUGAAGUUACGAGGAAAUACUGAAAUAGUCAAUGGCUUUUGACUUCAAACUAAGAGAGGAAAGAAAGGGCUUGACUCCUGGAUUGGCCUUGGGCCUUACCAAACUUUGAAAUGGGCUUGAACCCUGAAACUAUGGCUGAUUGGGCUUUUGCAGCCCUAACCUCAACAAGCUUGAGCUUGGCCUCUUUAGUAAAAAACAGAGUACACAAACUCGUAGUGGGCGGCAAAGAUGGCCACAGGAUUAGCAACCAAAAGAUAAGAGUUUGGCCAUGGCGCAAAAGCCAUCAAAAAAAUCACUCGUUGCCUUGUUUGAUAACUAGCCCUCUAAAAACGGAUGACACUUUCUGGAUAGAAUUCAGAAAGUUACAUCCUUUUGCUCCUCAUCUUUCUUUCCAUGGCGGCAACCAUCAAACUAGUACUUCCUCCACCACAACAAUCCACUCCAGGUAAACAAACCCUUCACCCUGCUUCUCCAUGGAUCUCCUGCAAACCCAUUUCCCAUGGCGGCCAUUCGUCACUCGGCAUUACCAGUUCCCCUCACUUUACCAGCAGGCCGCCACUCUCAGCCUCCAUUUCGUUCGACCCAUCCAGGAACUUCGACCUCACUUUAUUUGACGAUGAUCAAGAUGCGUCGGAUGUAGCGCCGCAGCCGAUGCCGCCGAGCCAGGGGAGGUACGAGGUUGUCAUCGACAAUGGCAUCAUUGGCAGCCUCGAUUUGUCUCCGUUUCGCGAUGCUAUGCCUGCGGGCAUCAUUAAAGCUUCCGAUUCCCCUGCCUCAGCGGAUGACGCGAAGCAAUUGUUGGAACGAAGCGUGGGAUUUACGAUAAACUAUACGAGGGAGGACCCACGGGAUCCUCGAGAGCUGUCGGAAUUUCCAGACGUGAGGCUCUGGUUCGUGAGGCUGGAUGCAGCUUAUCCAUGGCUGCCUGUGGUGCUUGACUGGAGAGCAGGGGAACUCGCUCGUUACGCCGCCAUGAUGGUCCCUCAUCAGAUGAACAUGAAGAUGGGAGUUGUGUUCAAUCCGGAGGCGUUGGAGUUGUUCGUGAUGAAGAAAGUGUUCGUGGUGUAUUCUUGGCUGAAGGAGCAGAAUGUUAGCAAGGCGAGGUUGAAGACAGGUGAUAUGGCUAGAAUGCUUGGGUUUGGGAUUGGAAAUGAGCUUUUUGACUUGAUUGAUAGAAAGUGAAAAAAACUAUUUCUGAAUUGUUUUCAUAAUUCCACAUAUGUGUAAAGAGUAGUUUAUUUAUAGAUGAUUGUUUGUCUCGAAUUAACCAUCACGUUCAUCCAGCGACAAUAAAAUUGCUUAUUUUAGGGUUUUUGUUUACAUUAUUCUCUUGGCCUUGUUUUGUGAUUAUCGUUUGCAAGUUGAUAUAUUUUUUAAUUUAUAUAAUGGUAAAAUAGUUGCAAGGUGCUAUUGCUAUUGCAUACCUUUAAAUGAAUUAUAAUGAGCUUUGUUUCUUAAUUUCUCCGGUGUAAAAAUAAAAUUUGAUGGUAUUU